AAGAAAAAAAAAUUUCUCUCUCAAAUCGCUCUACUCUUUCCACUCGUCUCUCUUCACCAACAACACUAUGGAAAUGGAAGGCCUUGGACCAAUUCGAGUAUCAAAUGAAGAUAGAGAGGAUGGCCAACCCUUGAGUCCAAUUGCUCGCCUCUUUCAUCAACCUUACUCCGAGGAUGUCUACAUCAUCAUCAUCAUGGGGUUUAACACCCCAAUCAACCCUCUUGUUUUCAAAGCCAGCUUGCAACAUUCUUUACUAAAGCAUCCUCGCUUCUCUAGUCUGCAGGCUGUGGAAAAUGAUGGGCAGAUCAGAUGGGUCAAAACAGAGGUGAACUUGGAUAACCAUGUAAGAGUUCCAGUGCUUGAUCCAAACAUGGAGUCUCCUGAUAAGUUUGUGGAAGAUUACGCUUCCAAUCUUAGCAAAACCACAAUUAAUAAGUCCAUACCUUUGUGGGAUGUUCACCUUCUCAACGUUAAAACCUCUGAAGCCGAAUCUACUAGCAUUAUUCGCAUCCACCAUUCCCAUGGCGAUGGCAUUUCCCUCAUGUCUCUUUUACUUUCUUGCUCUCGCAAAGCAUCUGAUCCUGAGGCACCUCCAACCAUCCCAACAAUAAAAAGAAGGAAUCCGUGUAACUCUGGAGGGUUUUUGGAAUUUUUGCUGAAGCUAUGGUGGCUGGUGUUGCUGUGUUGGAAUACUUUCGUUGAUGUACUGCUGUCUCUGGGGACAAUUUUCUUCUUGGAGGACACUAAAACGCCUCUUAAAAGUACAUUGCCGCUCGAACCUACUCAUAGAAGGUUUGUUCAUAGAACAAUCUGUUUGGAUGAUGUAAAGUUUGUGAAGAAUGCCAUGGGCACAACGAUCAAUGAUGUGAUGGUAGCAAUCACACAAGCGGGUUUGUCUUGCUAUCUCAAUAGGAAGUAUGGUGAAGAUAAAAAAGAUAAUCAAGGUGUUGAAGGGAAUAACAAUAAUCUUCCCAACAACAUUCGUCUUAGAGCAACUCUUUCCGUGAACCUAAGACCGUCUGCAGGCAUCCAAGCUUUUGAUGAUAUGGUGAGAAGGGAUAGUAAAGCCAGGUGGGGCAACCAUAUUGGAUUUGUGUUGUUUCCCUUGAAAAUUGCAUUACAAGAUGAUCCACUAUGUCAUGUACGUGACGCCAAGGUUUCUGGGGACAGAAAGAAAGCUAGUCUUGAAGCUAAAUUCUCUUAUUUCGUGGCCAAGUUGGCCAGGUUUUUUCCCAAAUAUCUCACUACUAAAUUAUCAAGCUGUCCAAGUCGAAUCACUCUGUACUUUUCAAAUGUACCUGGUCCAGAAGAAGAAAUAUCUUACUUUGGUCAUCCUGUGACAUUUAUAGCACUCAGUGUUUAUGGACUACCUACUGCGCUGAUAAUUCAUGUAGUGAGUUAUGCAAACAAGAUGAAAAUCAUUUUAUCAGUGGAUGAGAACAUAAUUCCUGAUCCACAUCAACUCUGUGAUGAUCUUCAAAAUUCUCUUGACCUCAUGAAGAAUGCUGUCAUAACUAGCACAAGGGCAGAUCCAAAAUUAUAUAAAUACCACUAGUAUUAGUAUAUGUGAUAAAUACACCACUGGUUAGUGGUUAUGUUUUAUAGUCUAAUGAAUAUGGAAGAAAAUCAACGAGCUUUUUAGCUCAAUGAUAUGGAAGUCGUAUCAUAGCUAUUAAUAACCAAGCUGGUAAAAGAAAAAAUUCCAAGGAUAAUAACCUUCGAAGCUGCUAUGUUGUUCUCAAUAUUCAAAACAUAUGAUU